GAGCCCCGAUGCGACUCUAGUAUAAAGGUUUGCCUCCCAUGGCCCUCUGGUGUUAGAGUUAGACGCUGUCGCAAUACAACUUCUCCUCUCAUUCCAUCCACCGCCUUCAAACUCGCAGGUUGAGACCCUUACAACUCCCUCGUCGAAAGCCUAUACCAAUCCACCGCGGUCAUGGGUAUCUUCGCUCUCAAGGAGGACCGGCCCACGCCGAAGGAGGUCUACAAUUGGCGCGUGUACGUGUGCGCCGCCACGGCGUCCAUGGCUGCAUGCACAAUUGGCUACGACUCGGCCUUUAUCGGCACCACGCUGGCUCUGCCGUCGUUUGUCGAGGAGUUUAACUUUGCGACCAUGGACGCGGGCAAGCUGGCGCUGCUCAAGCAGAACAUUGUCUCCGUCUACCAGGCCGGCGCCUUCUUCGGCUCGCUGGCCGCCUACUUCUCCAGCUACUUCAUCGGUCGUCGCAAGUCUCUCAUUUUCUUCUCGCUCAUUUUUAUGGUCGGCGCCGGCAUGAUGCUGGGUGCCAAUGAGGCUCGUGGUCUCGGUCUUAUUAUUGGUGGUCGUGUCCUCGCCGGAUUUGGUGUUGGUGGCUGCUCCAACAUGACCCCCAUCUACAUCUCCGAACUCGCCCCCCCUGCUGUCCGCGGUCGCCUCGUCGGAUUGUACGAACUUGGAUGGCAGAUUGGCGGGUUAGUAGGGUUUUGGAUAAACUAUGGCAUCAGUGAGACUCUUGCGCCGACUCACAGCCAGUGGCUCAUCCCCUUCGCUGUCCAGCUCAUCCCGGCCGGCCUCCUGUUGAUCGGCGCGUGCUUCAUCCCCGAGUCUCCUCGAUGGCUGUUCUCCAAGGGCCGCCGUGAGGAAGGUCUAAAAAUUCUCACAUGGAUGCGAGACCUUCCUGAGGACCAUAUCUAUAUUGUCGAGGAGAUGAACUACAUUGACGAGGACCUGGAGCGCUUCAACACCGACGUCGGCGCUGGUUUCUGGAAGCCCUUCCUGGCCCUCAAGGACCGUAAGAUUCAGUGGCGCUUCCUCCUCGGUGGGCUUCUCUUUGUCUUCCAGAACGGAUCCGGCAUCAACGCUAUCAACUACUACUCCCCCACCGUCUUCAAGAGCCUGGGCAUCACCGGCACCAACACUGGUUUCCUUACCACUGGAAUCUUUGGCGUUGUCAAGACCGUUCUCACCUUUGUGUGGAUCAUGGUUCUGAUCGAUCACAUGGGUCGCCGCAACCUGCUCAUGAUCGGUGCUGGUGGUGGUGCGUUCUGCAUGUACUUCAUCGGCGCAUACAUCAAGAUUGCCGGCACCGCCAAGGUCGACACCACAGCCACUGAGGGAAUUCACCUGACCCCCGGAGGAACUGCCGCCAUCUUCUUCUUCUACCUGUGGACCGCCUUCUACACCCCGUCGUGGAACGGCACCCCGUGGGUCCUCAACUCCGAGAUGUUCGACCAAAACACACGAUCUCUUGGACAGGCCAAUGCCGCUGCAAACAACUGGUUCUGGAACUUCAUCAUCGCGAGAUUCACUGUCAACAUGUUUGCCACGAUGGGCUACGGUGUUUACCUCUUCUUCGCUACUAUGAUGAUCUUGUCGAUCGUCUUCGUCUUCUUGUGUGUGCCCGAGACAAAGGGUGUGCCUCUGGAGGCCAUGGACCGCCUCUUCGAAAUCAAGCCAGUCAGGAAGGCGCACUCCACUAUCCUCGAGGAAUUGCGCUUGCACGAACAAGAGUUCCGCCAGAACAUGGAUGGUCUGGACUUGAAGGACGAGAAGGCCCGCACCGAGCAGGUUGAGUCCAAGGAUGUCUAAAGCGUCUCCGGAUGCAUAAUGGUGGAGAUUGGGCUGCACUUCUGGGUACGAUAAACUCGUAUCUCCAUUGGAUUAGAGUCAAUAGCAAAUAAGAUCUUGUAAAUAACGGCACGUUUCGAUUGCCUAUUCUUCAA